CAGUUUCCAAGUUCUCCAUUCCUACUUACUCCUCUUGUUGCUCUUGGUUUCCUUUUCACAACUUUAGAUCCCAUAUCUCCUGGAACUUCCAGUAGAGCUACAGAGCGGUGAGCAGGUGAACCAAAGCAACGAAGAACUGGUGAAAAAGUAGCAGCAGACUCCAACAAACACCACAAAGACGUGUUCAGCAGCUAUUGUCGUCUGCGAGAUUAAAAUGGACCAAACAUUGCUUCAGAUCCUGGUGAUUCUGGUGUUUUAUCAAAGAAUAACUUCAGGAGCUGUUCAAGACCUGGUCCAAACCAUAAAGGAAGGGGAUCCUGUUGACAUCAGCUGUGAACCUGGUGAGAUGGGAACCAUGAUCAUCUGGUUUCGAGUGCUGGACAACUCUGGGAUGGAAUUCAUUGCAUCUUUUAGUACCAGCGGCAUGUUGAAGAAAUCCACAGACUCUUUCUCUAAUAUGUUUAUGGACUCAAAGAUGAAACAAAAUAUCCUAACACUGAAGUCGUUCAACAAAGCUCGUGACAGCGGCAUUUAUAGCUGCGGUUUGCUUCACAAAGGAACUGAACUGAAAUUCGGAAAAGUAACCCGGCUGGUUGGAGCUGAAGUCCCGGCCGAAGCAACACGGACCACCGCCAAACCAAGUCUGUGCACAUCUACCACAGCAUGUGUUUGUAACAACAACAACAAGCAAGGAACAACAAAUCCUUCCCUGUUUUGUCCUUCAAUCAUACUGGGCCCACUGGCCGGCGGCUGUGGCCUCCUCCUUCUACUCCUCAUCAUCACCACCCUGUACUGCAAUAAAAUAAGGACACGGAGAUGCCCACACCAUCACAAAAGAAAGCCGCGGGCGGCUCCUGAAAAACAAGUGAAGACCAGCAGAUAUGUUUAAUCUAAAUGGUGCACUGACAUUUCUUUAAACUGCCAGUUAUUUCACAGUGUUAAGUUCUUGUUGGAGAAAAAAAUGUUGGUCUUAUUUACACAUCAGUGACAUCGCUGGUGAAUAUUUUCCUGCCAACAAGUUCUCAUUGCUCGUGACAGAACGUAUAAAGAAUUUUUAAAGUGGUUCAGCAGUUCAGUGCAUCAAAUAUUUUCAAAGCUCCUCAUUGUCAACAUCCAGUUUUAACUAUAUUGUGGUUUGACUGUCAGUAACUCUUUUCUUUACAUUCAGAUUAAACUCUUUUAAUCAAGUAACGCAAUAUGAAAUGUGUUAUUUAUCCAAUCCCCAUGAAUGUUGAUAAUAAAAACCACUGACGUCCUGAGAAUAUUAAAAUUUUGCACUCUGAAUUUUCCUAAUCAAAUGUAUAUAAUUCAUUUUGCUUCUGUAUAGAUUUUAUUGUCAUUUACAACUUGUACUUUUGACAAUCAAUUUUAAACUGUUUACUUUUUUCAGCAUAUUUUCUGACCUUAAUUACUGUACUGUCCUUUAGUUUUGUGAUUUAAACAAGAACGUAACUUGUAGAAAGAUUGUAUAACCACAGAAAAUGAUAAUAAAAUUUCCAGCUGGAGGUUACAGAAAUCUCUUAUGUUUAAUUUUAGAUCUUAAUUUUCAUUUCGUUAAGCUUGUUUUGGAGCUUUUCUCCAAAGUAUCAUUCCUCGCAAUUAGAAAUGUGUAGUUUCAAAGAAUAACAAAUUUGUUCAGUAAAUUGUGUUGUACAGUAAUUUAGAAUUAUCCCACUGUCUGAAUCUUUGUAAUUUGAAAUAUUGUAAAC